AUGGGUUCAACUGCAAGGGGCAAGCACAAACGUGCAAAUCGAAGCUCUCGAUAUGUGGAAUCUUCUGAUCAUAACGAUCGUGAUGCUGAAUUCGGUACUAAUGAGCAGGUGGGGAGUGAGGAAGUUGUUGAUAUCCAAAAUUCUACUGAUGAGAAUGAUUGGAGUUUGUAUUGUAAGGAGGAAGAGUUAGAAGGGGUAUUGUUGUCGAAUCUCAAAUUUUUGUAUAGGGAGGCGUUAUGUAGGCUUUGUGAGAUGGGCUAUCAGGCAUCUGUUGCGUUUAAAGCGCUGCUAAGUAAUGGACAUUGUUAUGGGGAAAAGGAUGUUUUGUCUAACAUAUUGGAUAAUACUGUGAGGUUUUUGGAUACUGGGAAGCGGGAUGGGGAUAGGCCUGUUUUUGAUAAUAUGACGCAAUUAAUUGACCUUUCUCUUGCUGCUUUGAUUGUUAUGUUGCAAAAAUCAAAGCCGCAUAUGAGCAAAGGGGAUGCUAUGCUUUAUCUCUUAUUAAAUGAUCUGAAUCUUGAUCCUUCAGUGAAGGAUUUUCUAAAUCAGAAUGCUGCGGCAUUUUCUGGGGGAUACAUGGCAGACUUUAUAAACUUACACACUGAAGCUAGUGGUUGUGGAAAUGCUUCUUUCUUAAGUGCUAAUUCGUCAACUGGAUCUUUAAGUGAAACAGAAGCUGUAGUAGAGCAAAUUGAGCAGCAACCAGAUGCUAAAAAGGAAAACGCGGGCAGUUCAAUGAUGGACAAAAUUUGUGAUUUGAACCUUGAUGAGAACAUUGAGUAUGUUCCAAUGGAUCAAAGAGUUGAGAUGAUCACAGAUUUGCUUCAACAAGUUAAGGAUCUUGAGGGACAAGUUAAGGAGCGGAGGGCCUGGGCAGAGGAGAAAGCAAAGCAGGCUGAAAGAACCAUAUGUUGUAAAGAAAGAGAGCUUGAAAUGUUGAGAGUCGAAAGAGAGGAAAAUAAGGGGAAACAAACACUUGUAGACUCUAUUAUGAUGAGGAUCAAUUCCAUGAAUUGUAAGAUAUCAGAUAUAGAGAAUGAUCAGAGAAAGUUACUUGACCAAAUGAGAUGUACAUCUGCAGCUCUUGGGCAAUUAGAAUUGGAAUGUGAAGAAAUGAAUGCAGAGUUCAAAGCUUCAGAACUUAGUGCAUCGGAGUCAUUAAGGGCCUGUGCAGCAUCUCAAGAGAAGCAGAAGAAGUGCUUGAAAAGACUCGUGGCUCAGGCUAAAAAGAAAACUAAAUUGCAUGCCGACAUUGUAGAUGCUGAACAACAAAUUUUACAGCAGGAAACACAGUUGGAGCAGGUAGAAGCAGCUCAGGAAGUCGCUUAG